GGGCAGACGGCAGCCUGAGCCCGGGGCCCCUGUCCUGUCCGGAAGGCCGGCAGUCAGAGCCCAAGGGCUGUCUUUCAGGUGAACCUCAGCUGAGUGAGCCUGGGCCCCGCACCCACCCAGCAUGGUCCAGGCCUGUGAGGGGCGCCCCAGUGCACCUGCCGACCUGGUCCUCGGGGGCAGCAUGACCCAGCCUGCCCCUGCCAAAGCGCCAGCCAAGAAGCACGUGCGGCUGCAGGAGAGGCGGGGCUCCAGUGUGGCUCUGGUGCUGGACGUGGGGUCCCUGGGGACUGUGGAGCCCAUCUGCUCAGUGAGCACACCCCGGGAGGUCACCCUGCACUUCCUGCGCACAGCGGGUCACCCCCUCACCCGCUGGGUCCUGCAGCACCAGCCACCCAGCCCCCAGCAGCUGGAAGAGGAGUUCUUGAAGAUCCCCCCAAACUUUGUCAACCCCGAAGACCUGGAUAUCCCGGGCCAUGCCUCCAAGGACCGAUACAAGACCAUCUUGCCAAAUCCCCAGAGCCGAGUCUGUCUUGGCCGGGCACAGAGCCAAGAAGACGGAGACUACAUCAAUGCCAAUUACAUCCGAGGCUACAACGGGCAGGAGAAGGCCUACAUCGCCACCCAGGGCCCCAUGCGCAACACGGUGUCGGACUUCUGGGAGAUGGUGUGGCAGGAGAAAGUGCCGCUCAUUGUCAUGCUCACUCAGCUCCGGGAGACCAAGGAGAAAUGUGUCCUAUACUGGCCCACAGAUGAGGACACCUACGGGCCCUUCCGGAUCCGCAUCCAGGAGGAGAGAGAGCUCCCAGAAUACACUGUGCGGCAGCUCACCAUCCAGCACCAGGAGGAGUGCCGGUCAGUGAAGCAUGUCCUCUUCUCGGCCUGGCCUGACCACCAGACCCCGGAAUCGGCCGGGCCGCUGCUGCGCCUGGUGGCCGAGGUGGAGGAGAACCCGGGGACACCUGCCGGCACCGGGCCCAUUGUGGUGCACUGCAGUGCAGGGAUCGGCCGGACCGGCUGCUUCAUCGCCACCAGGAUAGGCUGUCAACAGCUGAAGGCCCGAGGGGAAGUGGACAUUCUGGGCAUCGUGUGCCAGCUACGGCUGGACAGGGGGGGCAUGAUCCAGACCGCGGAGCAGUACCAGUUUCUGCACGAUACCUUGGCUCUGUAUGCUGCCCAGCUGCCGGGAGAGCCCAGUCCCUGACCCCUGGCGCCCUACACCAGUCCAGGUGCCUCCUUCCUCCAAGCCUGGAAACGUGGGGCUGGGAAAAGUGGGCCUUUCGACCUGGCGGCCCCCGGGGUGGGCGUGGGAGAGGGCUGCCCCUUCAGCAAGCGUGUGUGGUCACAGGCCCUUGAUCAGUCAAACCACAGCCAGGCCCCAGGUCUUCACCACGGGCCACUCCUCUGCUUCCUCGAGUGGCCCCACGUGAACACCAGGGGGGACCUCCUUGUCUCUUGGAAGUUAAGGACAGGAGCUGGCAUCUCAACAGAUCUGAGAGGUGCCCAAGUGCCCUCUGAGCUUCAGCCUCUGCGUGUACGACAGGGACAGUCCGUGCUUUGCUGCAAUGAAGGAAAACAAUCGGAAACCACUCCAGCUGCACUGCCUUCUUGGGCUGGGAAGACCGUCUCCACCUGGGCCCGGCGAGAACGGACCAAAUGCCAGCGCAGGAAGGCCUGGUUGACUCCAGUCAAAUUCUCAGCCUCCCAGCGGGGACAUGCUUCCUCGCCCCUCGUCUGUGAGGACACCGGCCUCCCAGCCUCCCGAGCCACAGGCCAGGCGGCUGAAGUCUCUGGAAGAGGGAAAUUGUGGGGACCCCUUGGAGGCCCAGAGGGCUGCCCUGCCUCUGUGCCCACAGACCCUCACCCAGCUCCUUCAGAGGGGGGCCCAGCAUCUGCAAUCAAGACCACCACACAGUGCUACGGAGACUGUUUUCUUCAUGCUGCUGCCUGGCCUUAGUGAGGGACCCCUCCUUCCUCGCAGCCCUGGUGGGGGGGCUCCCCACAGCUGUCUCCCUGUGAAGCUGGGCCGUGAGUUCUCAGGUGCCCGAUCCCGCCUGGAGGUCGGAUGCGGCCAGGAGAGAAGCCAUCUUACAAACCACAGCCCACAGCUCCCCUCCCUGGGCAGGUGGCCGCGACCAUGUUCCAGAACGAGGAGGGUGCAGCUCUGGCGAGGGACGGAGUGGGGAAUAAAGAUUACAGAUGGCUGCUUCAUCCCAUCUCCACUCUCUUCUCGG